GGCCUAUUAGAACACUUGAAAAUACAUUAGCGUCAUAAGAACUACCUAAAAUGACUACCUAUUAAUAAAAAAAAAAAAAAAAAAAAAAAAAAAAAACAUCUUUGGGAAAUAUUUAAUAUUUAUUUGAAGUGUAAGUCAUUUCACUCGGCAGCCAUUUUUGAAACGCCUCUCAGGCAUGUAAGAGCAGCUCCUAUCUAUGUGAACAGGGAAAUAUCAAAUACUCCAAAACUGUUCACCAACCUUACAUGUUUGAAAUUUCAUAGCAGCUGCAGUGACGCGCUGACUUUACAGAUUCACGAUUGGCUUUCCUUCGAGUAUUGCCUUUUUCCCUAUUCAAAACUACAGAAACACUGACAUAGACCAAUAAAAUAUGACACAUUACUUUUGUGUCCUUAAAUGCUCGUUUUUUUUGUGUUGACAGCUUAUAAAUACGUAGUUCAGUGUUUUUUUUUUUAGCUUAUACGGUACACCUUGUCACAUAGCAGCUUUUAGACAUUGUUCUGUGUUUUGUUAUAAGUCAGAAAUAACAAGGAGGCAGCUUCCUGCACCCGGUGGGUGUGGUUUUCAGAUUAUGAUGCGUGUCGCUCUGUCUCUAUGCUCUCCCACAUAUUUUGCUAUUCUAACUGCGCUUAUUUCCAUGACUGGUAAAAGUAGCAGUGGGUGGUAAUCACUGUUGUGCCUGAACGAGUUCAUGAACGAUCGUUCAGUAAAUUCUAGGUGAACGUGAACUGAACGUGCUGUAUAUCUGCCUGAUGAACGUGAACGUGAACGCGCUCAUUCUGGCGUUUAUGAACGUCGUUCUCUCGUGGUUCAAUUUUGUUCUAGAGAGUACCAGAUUUCCAUGGAGCCAAGCAAAAUCCCGGCUAUAACCACUGACUGUACAUUAUCUAGGCUACAACCGCUACAACACAAUCUAAAACGGGCCUUAUUAUAUAGGGGGAAAGACCAGAUCUGGCAACACCAGCCACCACAGAGUCGCACCGCGCAUGCGUCAUCAAAUUGCUAAGAAUGAAUGGAGGCAAAAUCCGAUGAAGGCAGUGGCACUACUUCUGUCUCAAUGAUGAAUGAAACUUCAUAUGUCCACCUAAAAGAAUUUUUUGAAAAGGUCAGUGAUGAUCCAGGUGGGAAAAAUCUUACCUUUUUGUGUAAACUGUGCCCGCCGGGUCUCAAGAAGCAACUCCGCACAUCAACAACGUCAACAGCAAACUUGAAACGGCAUAUUGAAAUAAAGCACCCGUCUAACCUUUUAAGGUAUGUGCAGGUCACUAAAAAAUCAAGACACGGCAACGGCGUGCCAAAACAGAUCCUGUUCUACCACCCAAAACCAAAUAACGGCGUACAGUAACGGCAGCUCCGUUAUCUCCCAGCCGCAGCUGGACAACCUGGUUUUGCAGUAUAUUGUUGGAGACCUGCAGCCUUUGAGGAAAGUAGAAAACCCAGCUUUCAUAAACUUAAUAAAGGGGUUGCAGCCAUCCAAAAAAGUGACAUCAAGAAAAAAAGUACAAACACUGCUGAACAAGAAAUUUGAAGAAAACAUAUGUGAACUUAAAACUAAACUCUCUGCGAUCGAUGCUGUGUGCACAACAGCAGAUUGCUGGUCAGCUGUGAACAAAGCAUUUAUGGGCAUCACUAUCCACUGGCUGAACAAAAAUUAUGUUUCUAAGAGACAUUCUGCAGUCCUGGCAUGUCGGCGUAUUAAAGGAGCACAUACACAUGAUGUGUUGGCAAAAUUAUUGUCAGAUGUCAACAAAGAAUUCAAAAUCCACAACAAGGUUGUGUGGACAGUUACAGACAACGCUUCAAAUUUUGUCAAGGCGUUCAAUUGUUUUGGGAUGGAUGUUGCUAUUGAUACUGAAGAGCCAGAGACAGUGGUCCACUUUGAUGAAACUAAAAGUGAAGAUGACAGUGAACCAGAGUCAGCCUUUGCUGCUGCCAGUGAGAACUCAGAUGAAGAUGACCAGAUGGAGCCUCAUUCUCUCUCAGGUCUGGAUCAUCCCUCUCUCCCCCCUCAUAGAAGGUGCAUAGCUCACACCUUGAAUCUAGUGGCCAAAGAUACAUAAAAAGUAACUGAACCACGUUACAAAACAAUGUCGAGAACUGUUUUUGCAAAAGCUUCUGCUUUGUGGAACCGAGUUAAGCGGAGUCCAAUGGCUUCUGAUACUGUGGAGGAAAAGCUUGGGAUUAGCUUUAUUGUGCCAAAUGACACAAGAUGGAACUCUGUAUUUCUUGCCAUGGAGAGACUGUCUCGCAUAGCAACAUUAACUACCAGGGCAGAAAUAAAUGUGGCUGAGGUCCCCCCUGCAAAUGAUGCCACUCCCCUACAUGACGAGCUGAUUCUGCACACUGUGAGUGAUGAGUUUGGCUUUCGCCGAUUCUCUCCACAUGAAGUCAACUUCAUUCACAAAUUUGUGGACGUGAUGAGGCCUUUAGCACUUGCAUUAAACAUCCUCCAAGCAGAGAAAAACAUCUUUCUUGGCUACCUGGCUCCAACCAUCGUGCAACUGCAAUGUCUUAUGAAUGACCUGUUGGAUGAGAGCAUGAAGCCCACUGCUGCAGAGGGUCUCAUUACAUGCCGUCCCCUUAUAGAGAGCAUCUUGCAGUCACUGAGUACAGGGUUGGCAGAUCUUCUGGAGAAGAGGGAGCACAUACUCUCCGCUAUGCUGAUGCCAAGAUUCAAGCUAGACUGGGUCCAAGGUGAGGAAAAACGUGUGCUGUACAGAUUGAUGCUGAAAAGAGAAUUUCAAACCCUCAGCUCUGAUGACUCAGCUGCAAGAGACUUAGGUCAACCCCAGUCCAGUGGUGAAAUGGAGAAGAAAGAUUCUGCAGUUUCAUUCUUCAGAUUUAACAGAAAAACUCAGGUUUCUCAAAAAACUGAAGUGGACACCUAUUUGGAUGCUCCAACCACAGAUGGGUUUGAUGAAUACAUGCAGUUUUCAAAGCUCAAAAGGCUGUUCAUAAAACACAACACUGCACUGCCCUCAAGCGCCCCAGUAGAGAGGCUCUUCAGCAUCGGUGGUCUAAUAUUCAGGCCCAGGAGAAACCGACUGGGAGAUGCCAACUUUGAGAAGCAGCUGAUCUUGAAUGCCAACAAAAAGAUCUGAAGGAAGCAAGACACAGCAGAUCUAGCAGGGAGAGACCACUGGGACCAGUGACAGAGGAUCUUCAUUCAGAUAAGGGGUUUUCAAGCUGCAUAGAAAGUAACACUGUCCUUGGCCCAGCACGUGUUGGACUUUUUUUUUUUCCCCAUUGAUGAUUAUUAUUGUUAUUUGAGUUAUUUAUGUCCAUGGCCUUGGACUCUGAUUGACUCUUUUUAAGUUAUUGAGGGUUUUUUUUGUUUAGUUUUUUCUCAUUCAUUUGGACUAAAUAUUUCACUUUUAUUACCCAAGUUCUAGAUCUGUUCUUUUUCUUUGGGCAAACAACUCAGAAAAAAAUACAUUCACAAAAAAUUGAAAAGUGACUUACUGAGAAGAAAAUCAAUGUUUAAAUGUUUUGCGCUUUGAGGUACAUCCUUGUUACCUUAGCCUGGUUCCUACCUCAGAUUGUUUCUUAAUUCCUCAUUAAAAAAACCAUUCAAGCAGCACAUUCUUCCUCAAGUUUCUGAGAAUAUACUGUAGGGUGAAAGCUGCAGCUGGAUACGAGUGUGGACUGAAUGGGGGGGCAACAACUGGAAAAUGCCAGUAUUCUUAGGGUAACAGCUUGCAGCAACAUACUGGAAAAAAUAAAAGAACUAUGAACUAGUUCAUUUUGGAACCUGCGAACUUAGUUCAAAAAUUUUGAAUUAUGAACUAUGAACUGAACUAGUUCAUUUUAAAAUGUGUGAACUGAACUUUGAACUAGUUCAUGUAGAAAAUGAACUUUCCCAACACUGGUGGUAAUAGACAAGAAAUGCACAUUUUUACACCAUUGUGUUGAUAAUGUUUCUUUAGUCAUUCAGCAGUACUGCUGCCUGAAUCAAUGUAGUGAAACCACCUUUACAAUAUAGAGGUUUGUUUGGCAAUGACUAAAAGGAUGAUUUUAAAAAUAAAAAGCUACUAAAAAUGUGUGACAUACCCUGAACGGAGUGUAUAAUAACAAAGCAUCCCUUGAGCGCAGAGACCUCCAA